CUGCUGAAGGCAUCCAGCUGUAGAAGUGCAACUUGUGGCCGUGGCUUGUGCUAAUCUUGGUACCAUUUACAAUUAUCGGACUGAUUGUUCAACGUUAUCAGAAGAAGACGGCUCAGGCAGAUAGAGUGGAUUAUUAGUGGAAACGAGAUCACUGAGCCAGCACCCAUCGGAAUAGAGCCUAGGUGUCAUUCUUUUGAUAAGCUGCAAAAUGUCCGCUAGAAAGCUGACGAUUCUCUAUGGAAGUCAAUCCGGGACGGCUCAGGAUCUUGCUGAACAGAUAUGGCGCGAUUCCAAAAUGUACCACCUUCAGGGGUGCGUUUCCGCCAUGGAUGAGUAUGACAUUGCACGACUGCUCGAGGAAAACUUCGUCGUUAUGGUUUGCUCCACCUACGGUCAGGGUGAGGAACCGGACAAUAUGAAACGAUUUUGGAAGUUUCUGCUUCGUAAGAGCCUUCCGACAGAUUCACUGCGUGGGAUGUUCUUCGGAGUGCUCGGUCUGGGCGAUUCGAGAUAUCCGAAGUUUAACUACGUUGCAAAGCGGUUGCACAAAAGAUUACUACAGCUGGGUGCUACUGCACUUCUUCCGGUAGGUCUGUGCGAUGAUCAGCAUGAUCUGGGAUAUGGCGCCGUGUUCAUGCCUUGGAUGAAUAAUUUUUGGAAUAAGUUGACCGAGCUGAGCCCGAUUCCUGUAGGUUUACGAAAGCUGACCGAGAGCCCUAGAGAGUAUCGGUGGGUCGUGGAACAGCACUCAGGGUCGGCUAACGAAGAAGCCGAUAUGUAUGCUGAAGUGAAAGUAGAUAAUCUGUUCGUUACGACGGUGGAGGAAAACAGGCGUACAACUGCAGAGGAUCAUUUCCAAGACGUGAGAUUCAUUACGUUUACCAAGAAAGCCGUAGAUUGGAAGCCUGGUGAUGUAGUGUAUGUGAGACCGCACAAUUCUCCCGAAGACGUGGACCAACUAUUCGAAUUGUUCCAAGAGCACAAUCUAGGACUGCACAAGGAUACCGUCGUGUUGGUGGAGGAAAUUGAUUCUGAAAUGCCCGUACCGGCAAUCUUCCGGAAACCGCUACCCCUCGAACGCAUCGCCCAGCAGUACUGGGAUUUGACGGCCAUACCACGUGCGCGUGCCUUUGCUGUGCUGGCACGAACAUGCCCCAACGAAUUGGAGUGCGAAAAACUUCAGGAAUUCUCCAGCUACGAGGGACAGGAGGAACUUUUCUCCUAUGCCAACCGACCGAGACGCACAAUUCUGGAGGUGCUACAAGAUUUCCCCCAUGCCUUUGGGGCUCUUACCUUAGCGGCACUGUUCGAACUGUUUCAACCGAUCAAGCCGAGGGCUUUCUCCAUCGCUUCCUCGGCCGCCAGUGGGAAGCUGCAGAUUCUGGUGGCCGUUAUCGAGUAUCGGACGAAGCUCGUGGUGCCCAGAAGAGGCUUGUGCUCCACUUGGUUGAAACGAUUGCAGCCGGGUGAUACGCUGAGGGUUUGGACUAGGAAGGGAACUUUCCAACUACCUGGUGAUACCACAACUCCCAUAGUGAUGGUCGGUCCCGGGACCGGUUUAGCGCCAUUCCGGUCGAUUCUUCAGGAAAGGGAAAUGCUUGCCGAUCCGCGACGCAGUGGUCCUCUGGUUCUGUUCUUCGGCUGUCGCAAAUCUACUGCAGACUUCCACUGCGAAUAUGACCUGCGGCGGAUGGAAAACUCAGGCCUUUUAACGUUAUUCUGUGCAUUUUCCCGCGAUCAGGAGGAUAAGGUGUACGUGCAACAUCUGAUAAGAAAGCAAGGUGAUUUAUUGAAAAAGCUCCUGAUGGAACAAAAUGGAUUCUUCUUGCUCUCGGGAAGUUCAAAGAACAUGCCCGACGCCGUUCGAGAUGCACUGGGUGAAGCUAUUGGGAAUUCUCUAUAUGUAGACGAAAUGGUGCAAAGCGAACGUUACCAGGAGGAGACCUGGGCUUAGCUCAAGUCCUGUUUAUAUUACCGGCUAGUUCCUUAUACUAGAAUACAAAUACAUCUGUUACUCUGUAAAA